UUCGAAGUGGUAAGCUUUCUUCCUCUGCGUAUCAGAUCCGGCUCCCACCGUGAUCAGGAUCCAGGUUUUCCAAAAUGUAUACGUUUAGAAGGAAAAUCCAGAAAGACAAGGAUGCUGAACCUUCUGAGUUCGAGGAGUCAGUUGCUCAGGCUCUCUUUGACUUGGAGACUAGCAACCAGGAGCUCAAAAGUGACUUGAAGGAUCUUUACAUAAAUUCAGCAGUUCAGAUUGAUGUUUCAGGGAAUCGGAAGGCCAUUGUAGUCCAUGUUCCCUACAGACUGAGGAAAGCUUUCCGCAAAAUUCAUGUUAGGCUUGUCAGGGAAUUGGAGAAGAAGUUCAGCGGGAAGGAAGUGAUUGUUAUUGCCACCCGGAGGAUCUUAAGACCUCCAAAGAAGGGUUCUGCUGUUCAGCGACCUCGCAGUCGCACUCUAACCGCUGUGCAUGAUGCCAUGCUGGAGGAUGUUGUUUAUCCUGCAGAGAUUGUUGGGAAGCGUGUCAGAUACCGCGUUGAUGGGUCCAAAAUAAUCAAGAUUUUCCUGGGCCCAAAGGAGCGGAACGACACUGAAUACAAAUUGGAGACAUUUGCAGGAGUUUAUCGGAAGCUUUCAGGGAAAGAUGUUGUGUUUGAGUUUGUAGAGGCAGAAAAGCCAUGAUGCAUUUUAGUUCUUGAUUAUAUUUUCUUGUUAGUUACUGAAUUGAAAUUUUGACUUAGCUUUUGGAU